CAAUGGGUAGUCGAUGAUCAAACCUACGUUUUUGGCUUCUCUCUAGGCCUUUCGGGGGUUUUACUUCAGACAUGGAAAUCCUCACGAACAACAACGGAAUAUUUCCAACAGCUUGAGAUUCAUUAUCGGACCGAACGGGAAUUGGAAGUGAUUGAAAGUCGAAAGACUAUUGAUCUCGCCGAAACCGACCAUAUGAAGGAGGAUGAAAACGCAGGUUACGAGUCGGAAGAAAGUUAUUUGGAUACAGAUGCUUCUUCUCUGAAGGCGUCAUGCUAUUCUCGAGGAGAGGAGAGAGGUGUUAUGCUUCUCUCUGAAGGUGCUAUGCUAUUCUCGUAUCAAGGAAUGAGGAGUUAUGCUUCUUCUCUAAUUACAAUAAUCGAGAUUCCCGAGGAGAGAAGUGUUAUGCUUCUUCUCUGA